AUAGAAGGCACGUAAGGCGAGGUGAGGCAAGGCGAUCGGCAGCAUCAACCAGAACCGUUCGAUCAUCAGCUGUCUUCAGCUUCAGAGUCCACCAUGGCUCCUGAUGAGUUUGCUGGCGGGACAGUGGUGGCCUGUGUGAUCCUGGGCCUGUCGUUCCUGGUGGGGGUCCCGGGAAACCUGCUGGUGAUCUGGACCAUCCUGAGGCACGUCCAGCAGCGCUCCCACACCGUGGUGCUCAUCCUCCAUCUGGCUGCUGCAGACCUGCUGGUGCUCAUCACCCUGCCCCUGUGGAUCUACUCCCUGGCCCGCUCCUGGGUGUUCGGGGAGGCAUCCUGUAAGGCCAUGGUGUACGUCAUCAACACCUGCAUGUACAGCAGCGUCUUCCUCAUCACCCUCAUGAGCGUCGAGCGCUUUGUCGCUGUGCGACACCCCUUUGCCUCAGCCGGCUGGAGGAGGAAGAAGGCCUUGAAUAAAGUUCUUCUGUUUCUGUGGGCUGCUGCGUUCCUAUUCAGCACCCCGGUCUUUCCAACCCAGGUGGUGGAGGGGGACCCUGGGGAGGAGCAUUGCCUGUACAGGGACUACACCUCAGACGGCCAGGAGGCAGUGUGUGUUCUACUGGAGACGCUGGUGGGCUUUGCUGUCCCCUUUUGCAUUCUUGUCGUCUGCUACAGCUGUCUCUACAGCCGAAUCGCACAGAUUACCUUUAAGUCCAAGCGUAAGUCCAUGGGGUUGAUUGCAAGCAUGGUAGUAGUGUUCGCAUUAUGCUGGACCCCUCACCACGUCGGCAACGUGCUCUCCCUCGUCAUCCUCACCAUCAAGGGGUCCCACCGCGAGGCUGCAGAGUGCAUAGAGAGCGUCAGAACCACCAUGACUUUCAUCGCUGGAGCGCUCGUGUUCAUCAGUAGUUCGGUCAACCCUUUGCUCUAUGUGUUUGUGGCGCGUACGUUCCGGAGUUCCCUGAGGGAGACAGGCAUUCAGAAAUUGUUCCGGCACAUCUCAAGCACGGCUCCUGGAGAGGGGACUAAAGAACUGUCCUUUGUGACCAAGAGACCAAGCAUCUCUCAGACACAGAGCCACAGCUCCCAGUGUGUCACAGAGCCACAGCUCCCAGUGUGUCACAGAGCCACAGCUCCCAGUGUGUCACAGAGCCACAGCUCCCAGUGUGUCACAGAGCCACAGCUCCCAGUGUGUCACAGAGCCACAGCUCCCAGUGUGUCACAGAGCCACAGCUCCCAGUGUGUCACAGAGCCUAAGGAACAAAUGGAUGUACUUCUAAAUAUAUGUGAAAAUGUUUCUUCCUGAGAUUGAAAACGAUGUUUAUCAUAUGUUUUUGAUAAAGAUUUUUGUGUGUAAAUUACAAAGUUUGAUUUGUCACAUUGUUUCUAUAUGUCACAAUGUUUCUAUAUGUUAAUUAACUUAAAAUGUAGAAAAGCAAUUGUUAGUAAUGUUUAUGUCAAACAUAAUGCAUAUAAAAACAUUAAAAUAGGUUCUGUAUAUAAUUUUACCUGUAGUGAAUUUUAAUAAACUUUUGAAAUACUUUUUUAA